AUGGGGUUCGUAAAGGCGGAAGAGUUUGUGAACCACUACAUGCGCGUGAACAAAGAAAUUAAGGAAUUGUCAAGCCGAAAAAAUGAGGAAUUUAAAUUUAACAUAUUUAUCUUCUACUACAACGAUAUAGAUUCCAUUUGCACGGAACAUAUUCUGCACUUUCACAAAAAUGUGAGAAGAGAUAUAAACAUAUUCAGUAUGUGCUCUCAUAUGAACACAGAUGGAGAUGUGUAUACCCUGGUGGAGAAUUUUUUUACAAGCAUUAUGAGUAAGAACUAUGUGGGGUACUUGAAAUUUUUCGUUAUCGAUAAUAGGAGACCUUACCAUGAGAUCUUUGAGACGAGUGACAAAUGGGACUUGGUGCUGAGCGAAGGGGAGAUGACAGAUGUCAUGGCCAUAUAUAGUAGCGCCUCCGCGGGGAAGGGAAUCUCCGCCGGGGAGGACGCAGCGGGGGGGAGCGAAACGGGGGGAAACGCAACAGAGAGGGGACGUAACGGCGCGACCAAAGCAGGAAAAGGAAAGAAAAACGCGCAACAAAAGCUGCACAGCUACUACAACAUCGUGAAGGAAGAAAAUAAGUGCAUGUGCCUAAUGAUUUACCCAUUCAUCCAAUGCGUGAGCGAAGAUGACACCUCCGCGAUUAUAUUCAUCUCGAGCGUGUCCCUAAUCUCCUAUUUGAAAACGGACGCAGUAACAUACGACUAUUACAACAAAGAGAUAAAAAAUUUACAUAACGAUUCGAUGAACAUAUCUAAUGGACACUUUAUCUCAUUCGAUCGUGAGAGAGGGUUACUACCCAUGCUGUCCUUCAUGUCUCUAAAUGAGUCCCUCGAAAUCGAUGAACGGAUAUACAUCUACGAUCACAAAAAUGUGAAGAACACCUUUAACAAAAUCAGAACCAUGUGUCAUAUCGAGAUAAAAGAAUUUACAGGAAAUUUCAGACAACUGGAUUUAAAAAAACAAAACGAGAUCCUUAUUAAGCUAAAGUCUUUCAUAAAAAUCAUCAGACCAAUGAAUAGUCUCGCAUGGAAACGAAGAACGUACGUUCUGUACAACAGUGACAGUUUUUACUUCUUAAUCGUCCUUAUCUACAUCUACAUUAACAGAAUCAAAAAAAUGGAUUCAUACCUUUAUAACUGUCUCAAGACGUCCGAUUUCCUCUUCAAUAUUUUUAAGGACAGACUUAANCAAUCAGAAAUUUACGAUAAACUUAUUGAGAAGCAUCUACACAAAAAUGCAGCUAGCUAUUUAAGUGUCCUAAUUAAAAAAAUAAUGGAGAGUAACAAAAAAAGUAUUAACAUCACAUCUAACUUAAAAAUUUUUAUGGAUAUUUUUCAGACUGCUAGGAAUUCCUACACUCAUCCAUUUGAGCUCAAAUUUAUUUCCAACAUGUUUUCCUCAUUUCAGUCCUACUGUAAUGAUAAAUACAAGACGUACCACCUCGUGGUUUGUCACAUUAACGACUCGGAUGAUACUCUCCUGUAUGGGUUUACUCCACUGAACAAAAGGGACUACUGGCCUUCUGUUUUCUCUAAAAUUGCAUAUAGCAACUCUGAGCAAAUUACCUACGACACCGUGGCGGAUGUGAACACUCUGCGCAUUCGCAAAAACGAUUUUAAGUUCAUCCUCAGUGAGAUAAAGGACGUUUUCCGGGGCGUCCUGCGCUACCAACACAGGCGGGAGCUCGACGCGUCCGACAGCACGGACGCGGAGGAGGAGGAAGAGGGAGCAGUGGAGGAGGAAGAAGGAGCGAUGGAGGAAGAAGAAGGAGCGGUGGAGGAGGAAGAAGGAGCGGUGGAGGAAGAAGAUGGAGCGGUGGAGGAAGAAGACGAGGCGACGGAAGAGGUGUACGCCGCAGACGCGACCGACGGAGCAGACGAAACGGAGCAGUGA